UAUAGUUGAGUUCCAAGUUGGGAGUUGUGGUUGGAGGAGUGAAAAGUGAGGGCAGUAGAUUGACCUUGAUUCACAUUUUGUUGAAUUGCGUAUGACGCCAACAUUUCUGGUGACAUAUGGCCAACAACACAGAAAUUUAGAGAGCAGGAGAGAGCCGAAGAGAACGACGAAAGUGUUUUGUUUUUAUUUGGGUAUUUGCACAACUGUUGGCCGCAAAAAAAUGAAGAAAGAAGAGAGCAAUCUCUCUAUAUAUAAAGGGGACGUCAAUUGGAGCUUAGGAGUUUAGAGUGCAAACAUGCGUCAGACUUUGACAUUGGUGUUGAUCGGAUUACUGGCUUUUACGACAGCGACAGCCAAGGCAAAAGAGCAGGCUGUUAGCUAUGCGUCGGCUGGGAGCGAGGAUAUUUAUUUCCAGCCCGGAAGCAUCGAGGAACAGUUCGACGAAUCUGAUGGCUACGACGGCGAUGAUGAUGAUGAUCAGGGAGAGGGCGAGGAGGAGGAGGAGGAACUUGAGGUGAAGCGUGGCGACAACAUCGAAGCCAUUGGUGAGGAUGCCAACAGCUGUGAGUACAGCUGUCCACGUUAUUAUCGUCCAGUUUGUGUGCUCCGCAAUGGCCAACCGAUCACCUAUGCCACGCCCUGCGAGUACUACAAUCAGCUGCGUUGCACCAAUGUGGCACGAAGAGUGGCAAAAACAGCUGCAGCAGUGGCAAAGCUUCCCAGCUUCGAGUUAAUGUACAACACUGCGUGCAGAGAUUGAAUCUCGACUUCAUUCUAAAAUAAUAUACAUUGAAUUAGUCAUAGAUGGCACACAAUUCCACAUGCAACUUGAGUGUGUUUGUGUGUAGUUUUUAAUAUCAGUUUUUUUUGUAUGUACACUCGAUUUAUAUACAACUCGAAUGUGCUCUUCUUUGCCUUGAGCCAGUCUCGCGCUCCUCAUAAUUAUCAAAAAUCCCUUAUUCGAGACAGAGAGAGAGCUUACAACAUAGUUUACUUAGGCUUAAAAAUAUAAUCAAUGUUAGUCUUACUUGUGCUUCCACAAUAAAGUUUAUCUAAAUAUCUAAGUAAUGUAUUGGUUGACAUUCUUAAAUUGUGUAAUAUCAA